CUUGGAUCGCGAAUGAAAUUUUCGCGCUCGCGAUGGUUGGUCGCGCAUGCGCAAUGGCGGCGAGACUGCAGCGUCUGCAACGACUGUCGGAUCCCACGUGUCUGAUGUGCGUGUAUUAUGUCCGUUAGGCCGCGAGCCGUGUACUCCUGGGUGCCUUAGGAUGUUUUGACAGCAAGAUUUUGUUCGAAAGAUGAUACUUGUAAAGUGUGCUACGAUGGAGCAGCUGAUACGAAGAGGCGCCUUAUUGGCGGUGGCAUUAACACGCAGGUCAACGGCACUUGGUACGUGUUACGUCCAACCAUGCAGAGGCAAGAAAAGCGAUACAAACGACAGCAAUACAAACGUACCGGAAUCUCUGUUCCAUCCUGUGCCCAUCAAACCGAAUCCAGAUGACAUAAACGUUGGCGCUGAAUUAACUGGGUCUUCGUUGAAGAAGACGGAUCUCUUAAAGAUAUUGAAUGCCUUCUCGCAGAAGACGGAAAUCAAGGAAUUAGCUCAGCAAUACGGAUUGGAUCACUAUCUCCAAGGGCAGGCUUUCACAAACUUUAAACAGUACUGUUUAGGAACGGAACCAUUACCCGUAGAUCUUUAUGUAGUCCUGAGCGAUAUCCUGCAGGGUGCUGGAAAUGUCGCCGAUAUUUUUCCGUACUUCAUAAGUCAUGCCAAGCAAAUAUUUCCGCAUAUUGAUUGUUUGGACGAUCUCAAAAAGAUUAGCGAUCUACGAAAUCCUGCUUCCUGGUAUCCUUUAGCAAGAUCAAAAAGUAGAAAAAUAAUUUUUCACGCUGGACCAACAAACAGUGGGAAGACUUACCAUGCUCUAGAAAGACUUAUUACCGCAAAAAGUGGGGUGUAUUGUGCACCGCUAAAGUUACUUGUUGCGGAAGUAUUUCAUAAAUGCAACGAAAGGGGAACACCAUGUGAUUUGUUAACUGGAGAAGAACGAAAGUAUGUCAAGGGUCACAAUAACGCAGCGGAUCAUCUAUCUUGUUCCGUAGAAAUGGUGAAUCUACAAAACAAUUAUGAAGUAGCUGUAAUUGACGAAAUUCAAUUAAUGCGUGAUCUUAAUAGAGGCUGGGCGUGGACGAGAGCCCUUCUGGGAAUUCCCGCGGAUGAGAUACAUUUAUGCGGCGAAGCUGCUGCUAUAGAAUUAGUAAAAGCCAUAUGUGUUUCAACAGGCGAAAACGUGGAAGUUCGUAGAUAUAAGCGAUUGACGGACCUGGAGAUAGAAAAUCAAGCUGUUGAAACGUUGAAUAACGUUAUGCCGGGAGAUUGCAUAGUUUGCUUUAACAAAAACGAUAUAUAUACUGUGUCACGUUCUCUCGAGAGCAGAGGAAAAGAAGUGGCUGUAAUAUAUGGCAGUUUACCACCAGGUACCAAGCUGGCGCAAGCUGCAAAAUUUAAUGAUCCUAACAAUUCUUGUAAAAUCUUGGUAGCGACCAAUGCCAUUGGAAUGGGUUUGAAUUUGCAUAUCCGGAGAAUUAUAUUUUAUUCGUUGAUUCAGCCAACGUCCAAUGAAAAAGGUGAAAAGGAAAUGGACGUUAUAUCUGUGUCAGCGGCUCUGCAAAUAGCGGGUCGUGCUGGACGUUACGGCACAGUUUGGGAAACAGGCUACGUAACGACGUUUAAACGGGAGGAUCUCCCGACUUUGAAAAAUUUAUUGAGUCAAACGCCAGAGACAAUAACACAAGCUGGUCUCCAUCCAACGGCGGAUCAAAUUGAGCUGUAUGCUUAUCAUUUGCCAAACUCGUCAUUGUCGAAUCUUAUGGAUAUUUUUGUGUCGUUGUGCACAGUCGACGAUUCUCUUUACUUCAUGUGCAAUAUAGACGACUUUAAGUUCCUAGCCGACAUGAUACAGCACGUUUUACUGCCACUCCGUGCGAGAUACGUAUUCUGUUGCGCGCCGAUUAAUCGGAAAUCGCCAUAUGUGUGCACCAUGUUCUUGAAGUUUGCACGUCAAUACAGUAAAAACGAUGCGAUAACAUUCAACUGGUUAUGCCAACAUAUCGGAUGGCCCUUUCAAAUGCCGAGAACUAUCAUCGAUCUCGUCCAUCUGGAAGGCGUCUUUGAUGUAUUGGAUCUUUACCUCUGGUUAAGUUACCGUUUUAUGGACCUGUUCCCGGAUGCUGAAAUGGUCCGUGACAUACAGAAGGAACUUGAUGCACUCAUCGAGGCGGGAAUAGUUAGAUUAACGACUUUGUUGUUGAAUUCAGAUGCAGGUGGAGAGCCCGAUAGUUUUGAGUUGCAGACACAAAAACAAAACUUUUACAGAGAUUUUAAAGGACCUGGCAAACGUACUGUAGGUAAAGGCAAAUUGACUGAAAGAUUAAUAGCGGAGGGACUCUUAACACCACAGAUGUUACGUGAACUGCAAUCUGAAUGGAUUAGGUCAACGAAAAAGAAAAAAUAAUAUGACUGUAUAGCGAUAAAAUGUUAAAAUUUAUUAAAAGAAUUUCUUUUAUUGCGAACUGAAUUAAGAAAGGCAUAAUUAAGUUUACGCGAUAUGAAUAAUGACAUAAUACCUUUAAGAGAGUAUUGACAUUGCAAAUAAUACCAAUGUUACAUACAAUUUAAUGUAUAAAAGAAUCAUGUCAUUGUAAGUAUUAUGUUAAUAUUCUACGUAUCGCUUUUAUGUAGUUUCGUCCAUAUAUAUUUAUAUAUAUAUA